AUGCCUGCACCAAUUGCUCUAGAAACUUCCCGACUGGCCAGUCAGGUCGCUCCUCCCGUUGCUGAUCUGGACAGACCUGCAGAUUAUCAGCUCUUGGACGACAGAAUAAGGUCCAUCGAGGGUUUCUCUGCCUUCGGUAUAGAUGCUCGAGACCACUGCUUGGUCCCAAACGUGGUACUCCCACAAAAAUUCAAGGUGUCUGACCUUCCAAAGUAUAAGGGCCCCAGUUGUCCCCGCAGUCACAUCACCAUGUACUGCCGGAAAAUGGCCUCAUACAUCGAUAAUGACAAACUCCUGAUCCAUUGCUUCCAAGAUAGCCUGUAUAGGGCUUCCUUGGAUUGGUACAUGGGUCUAGAGCGCUCAAAGAUCCGGUCAUUGAGGGAUCUCUCCGAGGCAUUCUUGAAACAAUAUAAGUACAACCUUGACAUGGCUCCAACAAGGCUACAACUACAGAAUCAGUCUCAAAGAUCUAAUGAAACCUUCAAGGAAUAUGCUCAACGUUGGCGCGAAAUAACGUCUAGAGUCUGGCCAACAUUAUCUGAUAAUGAAUUGGUAGAUAUUUUCAUGGGUACACUACAAGAGCUGUAUUUUGAGAAGAUGAUCGGCAGUUUGUCAACAAACUUUGCCGAUAUGGUAACCAUUGGGGAGCGUCUUGAUAGUGGGAUGAAAUCGGGAAAGAUCACAGACACGACCGAACCAAAGACAACAAAUAAGAGGCUGCAUGGGGGCUUCGCAAAAAAGAAGGAGGGGGAAGCAAACGCUGUGACGGCGAAGGCUCUCCCCCGAUAUCAAUUUCUGAUAGCCCCUAUGCCGGGACAAAAUCAAGGUCAGAAUAAUAGUGGCAAUUUUGGUAAUCGUCCCCAAUUUGAUAAGAUCCCGGUACCAUAUGCAGAAUUGGUGUCGUAUCUGAUUCACUUGGGGGCUAUCGUACCAAGAGAACUUCCAGCAUCCUCUCUUCCCUUUAAUCGCAGUCACAAUCCUAAUGCCACAUGCGCUUUCCACGCAGGGUAUAUAGGACAUUCCACUGAGGACUGUUGGGCUCUCAAAAAGAGGAUCCAAGAGUUAAUUGAUCAAGAGAUUCUGUCUUUCUCCAAAGAAAAACCCAACGUGAAGACUAAUCCCUUGCCAAACCACGGUGGCGCAACAGUCAAUGUAGUGAUCGAAGAGGAGGAUACUGAAUCUAUAUUAAGGGCCGAAGAGGUGAAGACUCCGAUGUCCGUUGUGUUACAGAGGCUUGAACAGUUUUGGUUUCUAGAAGGUGUACAUGAUGAUUGUGCAGUAUACGAGUUUUAUCCGGACAAUUCCGACUAG